AUGCUGUAUCCAUACCAGCGCCGUUCCGCUGCUGUCAUGCUCGAGAAGGAGUCAAAUCCGGGCCAGUCGAUGGAUCCGAGACUAGAGUCUGUGUUUGAUCAGGAAGGUAGAGUUUGGUACUACGACAAGUCUGCAGGCGCUGUGCUGAAAGAGCCACGUUACUAUGACGGCGUCUCGGGAGGUAUUCUGGCCGAGGAGAUGGGUGCCGGAAAGACAAUCAUCUGCCUCAGCCUCAUACUAGCAACCAAGCAUCUAUAUCCACUAGCCCCCGAUGUGUAUAGGGGUGCAGCUCCCGUGAGACCCAAGGUGGGCUCGCUUGUGGACAUGGCUGCGUCUUUCAUCACUCGAAACUCUGUUCCGUGGGAGUACCACCUGAGGUCAGCGGGCGAUCAAUACGACUUGGACUUUUCCAAGUGCAUCGAAGCAAUCAAGCGUCAUCCAGGACAAUACCUCUGCCCGAAAGAUCCGCCAGCGGAAACUACGCGGGUGACACUCCGCGGGCGCGGCCGUGGCCGGCAGGGUUUUAAUCUAGAGCCGGGAAAGCUCGAACACACUACCAUCUAUCUCAGCAAAGCUACUGUUAUCAUCGUGCCAAACAACCUGGUCACCCAGUGGCGCCAGGAAAUCGACAAGCAUACAGACGGGCUCAAGGUGCUAACAAUUUCUCGCUCCCUCGACCUGGGAAAGGAUGGUUUCCUCGAAAUUAGAGAGCUUCUCGACUACGAUAUUAUCUUGUUUGCUCAAACGAGAUGCCCAAACUCGACCCGGGGUGCCGCUAGCCUUGCGUCUUCGGAACCCGGCCCUAAUCAGAGCGAGGCACAAGAUCUCGAGCGCAUAGGAGCCAUGGCAGCCUUGUACUUAAAGGUGCGUCCUUGGGCAAACACCAUCACCGAGCCGGGAGAUACCCCUGCCGACUGGGCAGUUUAUGUUAUGCAGCCCCAGCACAGCUCUAAAAGCAGGGGUCGAACCGACUCCCUUCGCCUCACAUUGAGCUCUCUCAUUGUUCGACAUCAAGUCGCCGAGAUUGGAAAACUCCUACCAUCUGUCGAUGAGAAGGUCGUGAUCCUCGACGGGUCGUAUCAAGACAAUAUCAAGGAUGACCUGCAAAAGGCUAUCGAAACGGCCGAAUCGUUUUUAGAAAAGAAGGAUGUCACUAUCAGUGAAGAGGAUGACGCUCUCUUACGCCAAGCCAUCGCCUUUGGCCACGUCGCAAUGGCGAAUGAGAUUCGAACUUCGAGUAACCAGUUCCACGAGAUUCCACUCCAUGUCAGCGCAUUCCCAGGAUCUGCUGGCUUCGCUUGGUCCCUGAAUAACAAGAAUGAAGAGCCUACAUUGACAAACGCGCCCAUGUUGUUUGCGCUCCAGAAGAUGGUUCGAAAGCACGUCAACUCACCCUCCGCUUUAAACAGACUUUUGAACGGCGGUCUCGUGGAGGAGGGUAUCAAACAGCGCUCGAAAGCGCUUUCGACGGAAGAAUCAGAGAGCACCCAGGCUGGCCCGCGCCAGGCCGUGCUUGCUGGAAAUGCCAAACUCGGUGAUAAUCGAAGCCCAAGGAAGGGCCGUGUCUUGUCAUCCCUCGAAACCAUACAGUCGGAAAUGAACCAGGUGUCGGAGAUAUCAAACACGGCUGACGAGCACGGCAUCCCCGUGUCUCUUGCCCAGACGAUGGUGACCGCGACGGGCUCUGCGAAGCUGUCGUACCUCAUUGAUGCUAUUGCCAAGUACCAAGAAGAUGAACAGAUCAUAGUAUUCUAUGAUAACGAGAACAUUGCUUGGUACAUUGCAAGCUUGCUUGAUGUUCUUCAAAUCACGUACCUCAUCUAUGCCAAAUCUUUGACGACCGAGAAGAAAGCCCAAUAUGUCAAUAGCUUCAAUCAUAGUCCGACUUUCAGAGUACUUCUCAUGGAUAUCACCCAGGCGGCCUUCGGCUUGGAUAUGUGGGCAGCAUCUCGAAUUUACUUUAUGAGCCCUGUCCUUAACCCACAGGUCGAGGCCCAGGCUGUCGGCCGAGCGAGGAGGAUUAGCCAGCAAAAGCCGGUUUCGGUGGAGACGCUCGUGCUCCGGGAUAGCAUCGACGAGGUCAUUGUUUCUAGGAGGCAAAACAUGACUCAGGCUGAGCAUCGCAAGGUCAAAUCGAUCCUUGACGACCGCCCCAUUUAUAACUGGAUCCUAAACGCCAAAGUACUGCCCCUAGUUGACGCUACGACCGACGAUGUGUCCCAGAUGGCUCCGCUACAGGCACCGCAGCUCGUGUUUGGGAAGGGGUUUGGGCGUAUGGCCUCCUCAGAUGAAGGGUUGAUGGUUGGAAAACCACCGAUUACGGCAGGCGAUUCCCAUACGCACAUGGGCGGGGUUAAAAGACCGCUCACUCCCGACUCUGGAGACGCGGAUGCUAACCUUGAUGGUCACGAUUUGCCGGCACGGCCAGCACGUAGGCUUGGUGCGAUCACCGGUCCCGCAGACUAG